AUGUUUAUCUGCUCACAGAGACAAGCGGCGAAGAAAGAGCAGAAUCCUUACAUGACUAGAGCAAUGUUUGAAGAGCAGAUGAAAUCUCAAAGAGCUCAAAGUGCUGAUGCCGGUGAGAAUUACUUGUCGCUUGAUGAGUACAAUAGCUUAACCUUUGUCUGGUUCCUGAAACACCUAUGUCGGUUUUCAGAACGUGGUGUUAUCCCAACCCGAUGGCAGAAAUUUUGUCUCGUUAUAACAAGAAUGUAUCAGAGUCAGAGCGAGAUCCCGCAAUAUGUAGCAAAUGGCACCAUGAACAGAAUGCACGAUCGAAUGCGAGUUGUGUUCAUCUGUGUAGCUGUCAUCUGUUUUUUCGUUCUAUUUUUCUACUUUGAAUCGCGAACAGCAAGCAAAAUUGCUCGCGACCGUGAUGCAAUUGCGUCCAGAAAUAAUUAG